AUGGCCCUGUCAUACUCGAAGUGGAAAUUGCACCGAACUGUGGACCGGUCAGCGCCUGAACAACCAUAUCUUGGAGUUUCUAUCUUGAAGCCUCUGACCGGUGUCGAUCCUAACCUGUUUUCGAACUUGGAGACGUUUUUUACGUUGGACUAUCCUAGCUACGAGCUACUAUUUUGUGUUGAAAACGAUCACGACCCGGCCGUGAUGCUCGUCAACAGCCUUCGACAUAAGUAUCCUCAAGUGGAUGCUAGGUUGUUUAUCGGAGGGUUGUGUGUCGGUGUUAACCCUAAAAUAAAUAAUAUGCAACCGGCGUACUUGGCUGCAAAGUAUCCUUUAAUAUUAGUGAGUGAUUCGGGUAUCCGUAUGCGAGAGGACACUUUAUUAGACAUGGUUCAACAUAUGAAUGAGGAUGUGGCGAUCGUACAUCAGAUGCCUUUCGCUUUUGAUGCGGACGGCUUCGCGGCGGUCUACGAGAAGGUUUACUUCGGCACGGCGCAGGCGCGGAUGUAUCUCAGCGCGGAUUUUCUCGGCAUUAAUUGUCAUGUGGGUAUGUCGUCGCUGGUUCGACGAUGCGCGCUGGAGGAGAAUGGCGGGCUGGCAGCCUUCGGGGAAUACUUAGCGGAGGAUUACUUCAUGGCUAAGGCCAUAGUAUCUCGAGGCUGGCGAAUGCGAGUGGCGUCCCUGCCGGCGUUACAGAAUUCUGGCGCCAAAUCUAUCGGAGGACUACAAGCGCGGUUAAAGAGGUGGGCUCGGCUUCGCAUAGCGAUGGUGCCUACUACGGCUUUGCUAGAACCCCUCAGUGAGUGCAUCCCACUAGGCGCGGGCGCCGCGUGGGCCGCCGGGGAGCUGUUCGGCGCAGAACCUCUUCCGUUUUUUCUAGUGCAUGUGCUAGUGUGGUUUUUGUCGGACUGGUUGAUGUUGUGUUCGGUGCAAAACGGUUCGCCGCCGUUUACGAAAGUGGAGUUUCUUCUUGCGUGGGUUUGGAGUGAGUGUUGCGCGCCAUUCGUUCUGGCCGCUGCUCUGCUCAACCCUGAAAUCUCGUGGCGGACUCGCAGCUAUCGCUUAGACUGGGGCGGUCGUGCCCACGAGCUCAAACCCAAGCUCAAGUUC